CAUAUGGCUUCCUCUUGUAGUUUGAGUUGAUAUCGGUGAGCAGCUCAGCAUCCAAUGUGAAGGAGGAGAUCGUACAAACUGCGCCAGAUAAAGGCUUUCCCAAGGCGGCAGGUGGCCAGAUGACACGGCGGCGGAGCUCGGUGGACCAGUAUCUUUCACCAGAGCCGGGAGCUUACUCUUCAGCAAGGCCGAAGGAGGAGAGGAGAAGCACGGCGGUGCCGCUGCAUCUGUCGUCGCCCAGGACCUGCUUGCUCCUCCGCCGGUUACCGCAAGGCAGAUGAUGAGAUGUCCGGGACCACUUCCCAGGCGGAUCCCGUAGACGCCACGGCGCGGACGGUGCUGCUCAACCGGCCACAGAAUACCAAGUUCUGCGACAACCACGUCAGUACCACCAAGUAUGGGGUUCUCACCUUUCUGCCCCGGUUCCUCUAUGAGCAGAUCAGGCGGGCUGCCAAUGCCUUCUUCUUGUUCAUCGCACUCAUGCAGCAAAUCCCUGAUGUAUCACCCACCGGUCGCUACACCACACUGGUCCCACUCAUCUUCAUCCUCACCGUGGCCGGGAUCAAAGAGAUCAUAGAGGACUAUAAAAGACACAAAGCAGACAACACAGUCAACAAGAAGAAGACAACAGUGCUGCGGAACGGAGCCUGGCAGACUGUCAUCUGGAAAGAGGUGGCAGUAGGAGACAUAGUGAAGGUGACCAAUGGCCAGCACCUUCCAGCUGACAUGGUUAUAGUGUCCUCCAGUGAGCCACAAGCCAUGUGUUACACUGAGACCUCAAACCUGGAUGGAGAAACCAACCUAAAGAUCAGACAGGGUCUCCCGCUCACAGCUGGUUUUCAGACCCUGGAGGAUUUAAUGGGCCUGUCUGGUCGUUUGGAGUGUGAAGGCCCCAACCGACACCUGUAUGACUUCACUGGCACACUGCGGCUGGAGAACCAGAAUCCAGCUCCCCUGGGCCCAGACCAGGUGUUGCUGCGCGGUGCCCAGCUCAGGAACACGCAGUGGGUUGUGGGAAUUGUUGUCUACACUGGCCAUGACUCCAAACUGAUGCAGAACUCCACCAAGGCACCACUGAAGCGCUCUAAUGUGGAGCGGGUGACCAACAUGCAGAUCCUGGUCCUGUUUGGUAUCCUGUUGGUCAUGGCUCUGGUCAGUUCUGUUGGUGCUGCCAUCUGGAACAGAGAACACACCGAAGAAGCCUGCUGGUACCUGUCCCGGCCUGGUGACAUCUCCGCAAACUUUGCAUAUAACCUGCUAACGUUCAUCAUCUUGUACAACAACCUGAUCCCCAUCAGCCUGCUGGUCACCCUGGAGGUGGUCAAGUUCACACAGGCCCUCUUCAUCAACUGGGAUGUGGAGAUGUAUUAUUCAGAGACAGACACACCGGCCAUGGCUCGAACAUCCAAUCUUAAUGAGGAACUGGGGCAGGUGAAGUAUCUCUUUUCCGACAAGACGGGAACUCUGACCUGUAAUGUCAUGCACUUUAAGAAGUGUACCAUUGCAGGAAUAACGUAUGGCCACUUUCCUGAUCUUGACUGUGAUCGUUCAAUGGAGGACUUCAGCAAUCUCCCGUCCAACAGCCAUAAUUCUACAGAGUUUGACGAUCCAACUCUCAUCCAAAACAUUGAGAAGAACCAUCCAACAUCGCCUCACAUCUGUGAGUUCUUGACGAUGAUGGCAGUGUGCCACACGGUGGUCCCAGAGAGAGAAGACGACCAGAUCAUCUACCAGGCCUCUUCGCCAGAUGAAGGAGCGUUGGUCAAAGGGGCCAAAGGACUCGGCUUUGUAUUCACUGCAAGGACGCCUCAUUCAGUCAUCAUUGAAGCUAGAGGGAAAGAGCUGAGCUAUGAGCUGCUGAAUGUGCUGGAGUUUUCCAGUAACCGCAAACGCAUGUCUGUGGUGGUCAGGACACCCCACGGGAGGCUACGGCUGUACUGCAAAGGAGCUGAUAAUGUAAUUUUUGAUCGUCUGACUGAGUCGUCACAGUACAAAGAAUUAACUAUUGCUCAUCUGGAACAGUUUGCUACUGAAGGCCUGAGGACUCUGUGUUUUGCCUAUGUGGACCUGGAGGAAGGCGCCUACCAGGAGUGGCUGAAGGAAUACAAUCGGGUCAGCACCAUACUCAAAGACCGCGCUCAGAAACUAGAGGAGUGUUAUGAACUACUGGAAAAGAACUUAAUGCUGUUGGGCGCCACAGCCAUAGAGGACCGUCUCCAGGCUGGUGUGCCAGAGACCAUCGCCACUCUGAUGAGGGCUGACAUCAAGAUCUGGGUCCUCACUGGAGACAAACAGGAGACUGCCAUUAACAUAGGUUACUCCUGUCGUCUGGUGACACACGGCAUGUCCCUCAUCAUUGUCAACGAGGACUCUCUGGAUGCUACUCGUGCCACGCUGACAGCUCACUGUUCGUCGCUGGGUGACUCUCUGAGGAAGGAAAAUGAGCUGGCUCUGAUCAUCGAUGGUCAGACACUGAAAUAUGCGCUGUCCUUCGAGCUCCGCCAGGCCUUCCUCGACUUGGCAUUGUCCUGCAAGGCUGUCAUCUGCUGCCGAGUGUCUCCGCUGCAGAAGUCAGAGAUUGUGGAUAUGGUGAAGAAGCAUGUGAAGGCCAUCACGCUGGCGAUAGGCGACGGCGCGAAUGACGUGGGCAUGAUACAGACGGCUCACGUUGGAGUGGGGAUCAGCGGCAACGAGGGCAUGCAGGCCACCAACUCUUCUGACUACUCCAUAGCACAGUUCUCCUACCUAGAGAAGCUGCUAUUGGUCCAUGGGGCGUGGAGCUACAACCGUGUCACCAAGUGCAUCCUCUACUGUUUCUAUAAGAAUGUGGUCCUCUACAUUAUAGAGCUCUGGUUUGCCUUUGUGAACGGGUUCUCGGGCCAGAUCCUUUUUGAGCGCUGGUGUAUAGGCCUCUACAACGUGAUAUUUACUGCACUGCCUCCGUUCACUCUGGGGAUAUUCGACAGGCCGUGCAGCCAGCAGAACAUGCUCAGGUUCCCGCAGCUCUACCGAAUCACCCAGAAUGCUGAGGGCUUCAACACCAAGGUGUUCUGGGGACACUGUAUCAAUGCACUGAUUCAUUCAAUUAUUCUCUUUUGGUUUCCGCUCAAAAUGUUAGAUCACGACUCUCCCUUCAGUAACGGUCAGGGAAAUGACUACCUGUUUGCAGGAAACAUGGUCUACACAUAUGUGGUAGUUACAGUGUGUCUGAAAGCUGGAAUGGAGACCACCGCUUGGACCAGGUUUUCCCACCUGGCGGUAUGGGGAAGCAUGGUGCUCUGGAUGGUCUUCUUCGCUGUCUACUCAGCCAUCUGGCCCACCAUCCCCAUCGCCCCCGACAUGCUGGGCCAGGCUGGCAGGGUGAUGCAGUGCUGGCACUUCUGGUUGGGCCUGGUCCUGGUGCCUACCGCGUGUUUACUCAAAGACUUUGCUUGGACGGCCACUCGUCGCACUUUGAGGAAGUCUCUUCUAGAGGAGGUGCAGGAGCUGGAGGCUCGGGCCGUCGACCCAGGGGCAGCUGUACUUAGGGAUGCCAGCGGGCGCAGUCUAAACGAACGAGCCCAUCUGCUGACAAGAGUCUUUAGGAAAACACCUUCAAGUGUGGGACGCUCAAACUCGGUGCAGCAGACUGUGUCACAUGGCUACGCCUUCUCUCAGGAGGAGCACGGUGUGGUGUCCCAGUCCCAGGUAGUGCGCUCCUACGACACCACCCGCCAGCGCCCCAGCCUCUAGCCCCACCCCUGACCAAGGCUUUGGCUCACCGCUGCAGCGGUUGUCAAGGUGACAGCGGAGACAGACUUAUGUGACACCCUCACGCUGGGUGACCGACCCCUGCUGUGGCCUUACUGGAACUAUGACCUGACCCCUCGCCGUUGGGGCAUGGGUGUCACGGUCAGGCGUGGAGGCCGUCGCUGGCGCAUGGAGGACUGACUUGAGAGAAGGGACCAGGCCGAAUAUACGGAAUAAACUUUCUUCUAACUCACACAAGCUGCACAGGCAUGAGCAAUCAUAUCCACGCACAGACAUGACAAGUCAAACUCAGACUCCUACUCAUAUCUGUAUACUCCUCUGACUGGGUUUGGGUCAUGCCACUGUGUGUUAAUGUUUUUGUAUGUGUGUGUGUGUGUGUGCGCGCGUUCCAGUGCGUUUGGCGCUCCUGUGUUGGUGUGCAUGUGUGUGUCGGUCUGCAUGUGUUGGUGUGUUAGCUUCCACGGUUCCCUCUCAUCUCGCUCUCGUGAGGUGGGUUUAGCUCGUCUGUCAUCACAUUCCGACGUGGCAGAGGAAGGGACGUCUAAAUAAACACACACACACACACACAUAAAAGUGCAGAGGAAUUCCUUAAAAAGGGAGAGAGGGAAACAUAAACUGAGGAUUGCUGGGAGCCCUGCACCCCUACAGCUACAACUACAGCCCCCACUUCGUCCCAUCGCAGCAACAAGCCUCACUGCCAAACACCACAGAGAUGCUACUGAGGCAGAACGCUCGCCCUAAACUGGACCACCACCCUGCUGCAACCCCUCCUACCCCACUGGGACCUCCUCUUGCUUAUCAGUUCCUUCAUUUCUUCCUUCCUAUCUCUCCAUCUCCUUGCCACCCUGCAGCUUCCACGUCUCUCCUCCACUGCUGCACAUCUCCUCGCCCUCCCAGUUAAAAAAAAAAAAUCCACUUUGUCUUUUGUUCUUUUUUUUGAUUCUGACCACUCCUGUGAUUCCUGAUGUCGUCUGUCAAGCAUCGUCAGCUGACACAGAAUCAUCAAGCCUGGCAUUAGCGCUUUCUUCUUCACUUCUUUUGGAUUCCCACUCUUUACAGGACUGUUUUUUGUUUUUGUUUUUUUAAUUAAAGUGAACAUUAAUAUGUAUGUGUUUAUUUUUUUUCUCUUUUCAUUAAUGCCUGUUUUUGUACUCAUGUCGAGAUAUGUCUUAGGGGGAAUAUUUUACUUGAACUAGAGCUAAUAGGCAUUCAGACAGAAGAGAUUUCAUCGAGACUCUCGCCUGGAUCAUGUGUUUUUCUGGCUCUGGGAUUUGUCUGAAUGUAGAGUCCACUGUCUGUGUGCUCUGUGUUGAGGACACUCUGGUUCAGGAAUGCAAGACUAAAAGGGGUGGGAGAAGGGGGUUGUCCAUCCGAGCCCUAAUCAUUAAAUCUAAUCAAUCCAUGGCCUGACAAAA